ACGUAAACAUAUUAAAUCGCCAAGCAUUGAAAAAUGGCUUCUUUUACUACUUCUCCAUGCACUUCCGCCGCCCCUAAAACCUCCAAAUCUUUGUCCUCCUCCGCCACCUUGGCUUCCCCACUGCCAAAACCCUCUCAGAUCCACAUCGGCUCCGCCAGGCGCAGCCGGCAUUUCAAGGUCUCAUGCAACGCCGCCGCCGGGGACUCCCAGCCAAGGCUCGACAGAAGAGACGUUCUUCUCGGCCUGGGAGGCCUCGCCGGCGCCGCCAGCCUCGUGAACAACCCUCUGGCGUUCGCGGAGCCCAUCCACGCGCCGGAGAUCUCCAACUGCGUUGUCCCUCCCAAGGAUCUGCCGCCCAAUGCUCUUGUGGAUACCUGCUGCCCGCCGGCUGCGAUUAAUGUUGUCCCCUACAAGGUCCCCCGUUUCUCCCCCGCCACCCUGAAAGUCCGCCCGGCGAUCCACCGGAUGGAUAAGGAAUACAUUGCUAAGUUCGAGAGGGCGAUCAAGUUGAUGAAGGAGCUCCCGGCGGACGAUCCCCGGAACUUCUACCAACAAGCGCUUGUACAUUGUGCUUACUGUAACGGCGGGUAUGUCCAGCCCGACCACCCCGACAAGGAGAUCCAAGUCCACAAUUCAUGGCUUUUCUUCCCCUUCCACAGGUGGUAUUUAUACUUCUACGAGAGAAUCUUGGGGAAACUCAUCGGGGACCCCACCUUCGGGUUGCCGUUCUGGAACUGGGAUACCCCGGCGGGAAUGCUGAUUCCUCAGUAUUUCCGAAACCAAAACUCGCCGUUGUACGAUGAGAAUCGUAGCCAGGCCCAUCUCCCUCUCGUGAUGGACCUCGGCUACGCCGGAACCGAUAACGACGCCACUGACCAGGAGAGAAUCUCCAACAACCUCGCCUUGAUGUACAAGAGCAUGGUGACUAACGCCGGAACCGCCGAGCUCUUCCUCGGAAAACCGUACAAGUCCGGCGACCUCCCGGUGAACAAAGGCGGCGGGUCCAUCGAGAAUAUCCCGCACACGCCGGUUCACCGCUGGGUCGGCGACGUUAAGCCGAGAACGCAGAACGGAGAGGACAUGGGGAACUUCUACUCCGCCGGAAGGGACAUCUUGUUUUACUGUCACCACUCCAACGUUGACCGAAUGUGGACCAUCUGGCAACAGCUCGGCGGGAAAGGCCGGAGAAGAGACUUCACCGACUCCGAUUGGCUCGACGCCACCUUCAUCUUCUACGACGAGAACAAACAGGCCGUCCGCGUGCGCGUCGGAGACGCGCUGGAUAACCAGAAACUCGGGUACAAGUACGAAUUCGCCAACCUUCCAUGGCUCAACAGCAAGCCGCUCCCGACCAAGAAAAAGACCGGCUUGGCGGCGAGGUCCAAGGCGCCGUUCGUCACCGACGUGUUCCCGUUGACGCUCGACAAGGUGGUGCAAGUUAAGGUGCCCAGGCCGAAGAAAUCCAGGAGCAAGGAGGAGAAGGAAGAGGAGGAAGAAAUCCUGGAGAUUGAAGGAAUCGAGGUGGCGAUUGACCAGUACGCGAAGUUCGACGUGUACCUGAACGACGAGGACGAGCCGGAGGCCGGGAAGGAGAAGGCGGAGUACGCAGGAAGUUUCGCGCACCUGCCGCAUAAGCACACUGGGUCGAAGAAGAUCAGGACCAGUCUGAGCUUGGGUCUGAACGAGCCCUUGGAGGACCUCGGCGCCGAGGACGACGAUGCAGUUCUGGUGACUUUGGCACCAAAGGUCGGCGGCGGCGUCGUCACCGUCGACAACAUCAAGAUCGUCUACGGCUCUUAGAGCGAGCGAGCGUUUCUAUUUUUAGAAAUCCGUCGAAACUGUUUUCCGGCGUACCGUCCAAUAAUUUAUCCCUCGCUUUCCUCAUGUGUGUCUUGUUUCCCCUAGUACUUUUGAGUUGGCCUAGCAUGUGGUUUGUACAAUAUGGGGCCCAUAAAUAAAAUAUCUUUCUAUUCGAGU